CUGCAUUUUGGAAUAUAAACAACAACAACCACACACAACUCCAACCUCACCACCUCUCACUCCAACACCUCACCUCACCUCACCUCACCUCACCCACCACCAACCAACCACCCACCAACAAAGCGAAGAAAAAGAAAGAAAAAAAGCAAAAUGCCCUACCGCAUCCUCCUCCUCGCCCACCGCAAACCCACCCUAACCCCCACGACCUUCCACACCUACUACGAAGCGCACAUCGAGCUCCUAAGACAUCUCACAGGGGAUGCCUUUCCCCUAUCCCAUCGCCGGAGCUACAUUGCUCGCACCACCUCCACCUCCACCUCCCCAUCGUCCACCUCUUCAUCUGCUCCCUCAAGCAACGAAAUCAACGCAACGCACCCCGCCACAAUCCUCAUCGGCAACCAAACGACGUUCCCCUUCGACGCGAUAGCAGAACUGACAUUCGAGGAUCGGGACGCGUUUGAACGGUUCACAGCGAGGGUGCAAGAGCCGGAGAAUGCGCGGUUGAUUGGGGAGGAUGAGGCGCUGUGGUCGGAUACGGGGCGGUUGGGGAUUGUGGUUUUGGGGGAGGUGGUUGUUACGGGGAGGUAGUUUGUCUUAUUGGGUUGGGUUGGGUUGGGUUGGGUGGUUGGUAUUGUGGGGGUGAGAGGGUAGUUGGUUUGUGGUAUUGUUGUGAGGUUGGU